AUGGCAGAGAAGAACGAGGACAUGGGCGCCGUGACGCACCAGCUCAGUGCAGUCGACGAUGAUCUGCAGCACAAGACCGUCAAGGAGACGAACGUGGCCUCGGUGGCUCUGGCCGCUGCCAUUGAGGCUGAGAAGCCAAAGCUAUGGUCUCCAGGAAUGAUCAAGCUCUACAUGAUCAUGGGCAUUGGAUACCUGGUUUCCACGCUCAACGGUUUCGACAGUUCCUUGAUGGGCUCAAUCAACGCCAUGGAAGGCUACCAAAAAACCUUUGGCCUGACUGGCGAGGGUUCCAGCACCGGUAUCAUCUUCAUCAUCUACAACUUGGGCCAGAUUGCAGCAUUCCCCUUUUGCGGACUUUUGGCCGACGGCUGGGGUCGCCGUAUCUGCAUUUUUGUUGGUUGUGCGCUCGUACUGGUCGGAACUGCCGUCCAAGCAACGGCAAAUGAGAAGGGCCACUUCAUUGCCGGUCGCUUCGUUCUCGGAUUUGGCGCCUCGAUCGCCUCUGCAGCCGGUCCCGCAUACACUGUAGAGCUUGCUCAUCCCGCUUACCGUGGAACUAUGGCCGGCAUGUACAACAACUUUUGGUGGGUUGGCAACAUUCUAGCCGGCUGGACCACGUACGGAACCAACCUGCACAUGGGCGACUCUGCGUGGUGCUGGAGGAUCCCGACCAUUGUCCAAUGUAUUCUGCCCACCAUUGUCAUGGCUCUGAUCAUGUUCUUUCCCGAGACGCCACGAUGGCUCUUGGCAAACGACAGGCGGGAAGAGGCGAUUGCAGUCAUGGCCAAGUACCACGGCAACGGCAACGAGGACUCUCCCAUUGUGCAGCUCCAGCUCCGUGAAAUCACCGAGGAUUUUGCUCAAACAACCAACGAGAAUGCUUGGUGGGAUUUCCGCGAGCUCGUACACACGCGUGCGGCGAGGUACCGAUUGGCAAUGGUAAUUGCCAUGGCUUUCUUUGGUCAAUGGAGCGGAAACAACGUCGUCAGCUACUUUAUGCCUGCCAUGAUUAAAAACGCUGGUAUUACCGAUCCCAACAAGCAGCUUCUUAUCAACGCAAUCAACCCCAUCUUCUCCAUGCUUGCGGCCAUUUACGGUGCGACGCUGCUCGACACGCUUGGCCGCCGAAAGAUGCUCAUGGGCGGCCUCUGGGGUGGUCUCUUCUCCUACAUUCUCCUCACCGCAUUUACCGCAACCGCCAAGCCGGACAAUAAUCUCGCAUACGGCACCAUUGUCUCCAUCUAUCUGUUUGGCAUCUUCUUCGCAUGGGGCUGGACGCCUCUGCAGACGCUCUACUCUGUCGAGUGUCUGGAGAACCGAACUCGCGCCAAGGGUUCUGGCCUCAACUUUCUUUUCCUCAACAUUGCCAUGGUGGUCAACACGUACGGUAUUUCUGUCGGCAUGGAGGCGAUUGGAUGGAAGCUCUAUCUCGUGUACAUUGGAUGGAUUUGCGUCGAGAUUGCCGUCAUUUUCUUCUUCUUUGUCGAGACUGCCGGCAAGACGCUUGAGGAGCUCAAGGAGAUUUUCGAGGCUCCCAACCCCCGCAAUGCCAGUCUCCGUAAGACAAAGGUGGAGAUUGAUUCGAGCGGUCAGGUGCACAACAUCCGAGAGUAG